CAGAGAUAAGCGACACAUCACAGCUGUGUUUUGUUAACUGAACUCGCUUCUUAACGAUGAAACGUAUGACUGGACAGAGGGAGCGCUAUGUUUUUGUUUGCUUCAUCCUUUGCAGUUUCUUAUCCCAGGUGCUGAGCUGUAGUCAUGACUACCAGUGCCCGUACGGGCAGUGCUGUGCCUUCACACUUUACGUAGUAGGUCAAUGCACGGACCUCUCGACGCUGGACCAGACAUGUGGGAAGUCUGUUUUCGGGAUCUGUGGUUGCGCCAACGGGCUGACGUGUGCCCCUAGAGAGGGUUUUCUAAGCACGUUCACGAUCGGUGAAGGUAAUUGUAAAUCGCAGAACGGUAGCCACGUACCAGCGUCCUCAGCAAACAAGCCGGGAGGAAUUCUCAGUAUCCUUGGCUGAUACUUAACAUUGGGGGUUUUCUUGUAGAAAAUAUUGAAUCAAUAAAAACUAUGAUGAAAUCUUAA